AAGACAACAAACUUUUCUGUUUUAAAUUUAUUCCAAAAACAAAAAAAAUACAGUGCUGCUUUACUCUUACAUCUUUAAAUAUCACAUAUGACUUCUUAAACCGCCAAGUUUUUGAACUUCUGCUUUCCCAUCCCUCCCCUAAAUCGCAACAUGUUUGCUAUUAGUUCUCUCUUUAAUGGCCUGUAAAUUCUUCGUUGAAAACAGCAGAAAGAGUAUGGGGAAGAGUGGUAGAGCUUUGAAGUUUUUGUUUGGAGUUGCAGUGCUUGUGGGAGUUGUCUGGUUAUUGUUCGUCUGCAUCGCAGGGAACCGAGCAAUCGCGAGGACUAAGCCGACAACGGUUUCCUCAACUCGAGAGUUCAAACACUUGGAAUUUGCUGGGAAAGGGAAGCUUAAUUAUCAUCAGGAUUUCCAUUUCAAUUACGUCAGCAAGAGAAGAGUCCCUAACGGACCCGAUCCUAUUCACAACAGGAGAGCAUCAAAGUCAAGACAACCGCCAGGUCGAACCUAGGUGCCAAAGGCAAUGAAACUCCUGAAGCUUUCUGCUGAUGAUCAUCGUUGGAGAAUUUUGUUUAAAUAUGUUCGUUUUCCCUUGAGAAGAUCAUAAACCAUG